AUGAGCGGGCACGACUCCAAGUACUUCUCCACCACCAAAAAGGGGGAGAUCCCCGAGCUCAAGGAGGAGCUCAACUCCCAGUACAAGGACAAGAGAAAAGAUGCUGUCAAGAAAGUGAUUGCAGCGAUGACCGUUGGAAAAGAUGUCUCAUCAUUGUUUACGGAUGUCGUGAACUGUAUGCAGACUGAGAACUUGGAGCUGAAAAAACUAGUAUAUUUAUAUCUCAUCAACUAUGCUAAAAGUCAACCAGAUCUAGCGAUACUUGCCGUGAACACAUUUGUUAAGGAUUCACAAGAUCCAAAUCCACUGAUUCGUGCUUUGGCUGUGAGGACAAUGGGUUGCAUCCGUGUAGACAAAAUCACAGAGUAUCUGUGCGACCCUCUUCAAAGAUGCCUCAAGGACGAUGAUCCAUAUGUGCGGAAGACAGCAGCUAUUUGUGUUGCUAAGCUUUAUGAUAUAAAUGCUGAGCUAGUGGAGGACAGAGGAUUUCUAGAGGCCCUCAAAGACUUAAUUUCUGACAAUAAUCCUAUGGUGGUUGCAAAUGCUGUUGCUGCUUUGGCAGAGAUUCAAGACAGUAGUGCUCGUCCGAUCUUUGAGAUCACCAGCCAUACAUUGACAAAGCUUCUGACUGCUCUGAAUGAAUGCACAGAGUGGGGACAAGUUUUCAUUCUUGAUUCUCUGUCAAGGUACAAAGCAACAGAUGCAAGGGACGCAGAAAAUAUAGUGGAACGAGUUACACCCCGUCUUCAACAUGCAAACUGUGCAGUUGUUCUUUCUGCUGUCAAGAUAAUCCUUCUACAAAUGGAGCUCAUUACAAGCACUGAUGUUGUCCGGAAUCUCUGCAAAAAAAUGGCACCCCCUUUGGUUACUCUACUGUCGGCAGAGCCCGAGAUUCAGUAUGUAGCAUUGAGAAAUAUCAAUCUGAUUGUUCAAAAAAGGCCUACAAUACUUGCACAUGAAAUUAAGGUCUUCUUUUGCAAGUACAAUGACCCAAUAUAUGUCAAGAUGGAAAAGUUAGAGAUUAUGAUAAAGCUUGCGUCAGAUAGGAACAUUGAUCAGGUGCUAUUGGAGUUCAAAGAGUACGCCACAGAGGUUGAUGUUGACUUUGUGAGGAAAGCUGUACGUGCGAUUGGAAGAUGUGCAAUUAAGUUGGAGAGAGCUGCUGAAAGGUGCAUCAGUGUCUUGCUUGAGCUGAUCAAAAUAAAGGUUAAUUAUGUCGUACAGGAAGCUAUCAUUGUUAUCAAAGACAUCUUUAGACGCUAUCCUAACACAUAUGAGUCUAUCAUCGCAACACUUUGUGAAAGUUUGGACACUUUAGAUGAACCAGAGGCUAAGGCAUCAAUGAUUUGGAUAAUUGGAGAAUAUGCCGAAAGAAUUGACAACGCUGAUGAACUCCUUGAGAGUUUCUUGGAUACAUUCCCAGAAGAACCAGCAUUAGUUCAACUGCAGUUGCUAACAGCGACUGUUAAGUUGUUUCUUAAGAAGCCAACUGAGGGGCCCCAGCAGAUGAUACAGGCUGUUCUCAAUAAUGCAACAGUUGAAACAGACAAUCCUGAUCUGCGUGAUCGAGCUUACAUAUACUGGCGACUUCUUUCUACUGAUCCCGAGGUAGCAGCAAAAGAUGUUGUUCUGGCAGAGAAGCCUGUGAUCAGCGAUGACUCUAACCAGCUUGACUCUUCGCUUCUUGAUGAGUUAUUAGCAAACAUUUCUACAUUAUCAUCAGUUUAUCACAAGCCCCCAGAAGCCUUUGUUAGCUGUGUUAAGGCAGCUCCUAGGGCGGAUGAUGAGGAGUUUGCUGAUGCUGGAGAAACUGGGUAUUCGGAGUCACCAUCUCAGGGAGUGGAUGGGGCAUCACCGUCCUCUAGUACUGGCACUUCAUCAAAUGUACCAGUGAAGCAGCCGGCAGCUGCAGCCCCAGCAGUUGCUGCUCCGAUCCCAGAUCUCCUAGGUGAUUUAAUGGGUUUGGAUAAUGCCCUGGUUCCUGUUGACGAACCUACAGCAUCUUCAGGACCUCCACUGCCUGUUGUACUGCCUUCAACCACUGGCCAAGGUCUCCAGAUCAGUGCGCAACUGGUGCGACGGGAUGGCCAGAUAUACUAUGAUAUAUCUUUUGAGAAUGGGACCCAGGGUGUAUUAGAUGGAUUUAUGAUUCAGUUUAACAAGAACACAUUUGGUCUUGCAGCCGGUGGACCACUUCAGGUUCCUCCACUCCAACCUGGGUCCUCAGCCAGGACGCUCCUAGCUAUGGUUUUCUCCCAGAAUGUCUCUCCUGGAGCACCGAACUCGCUACUGCAGGUUGCAGUGAAGAAUAAUCAGCAACCUGUGUGGUAUUUCAGUGACAAAGGUUCGCUGCAUGUCUUCUUUGGUGAAGAUGGCAAAAUGGAGCGAACGAGUUUUCUUGAGGCCUGGAAAUCUUUACCUGAUGACAAUGAAUAUUCAAAAGAAUACCCCAAUUCUGUCAUCAGCAGCAUAGAUGCCACCGUUGAACACCUUGCAGCAUCAAAUGUGUUCUUUAUUGCCAAGCGGAAAAAUGCAAACAUGGAUGUGCUGUAUCUGUCUGCGAAGAUCCCCCGUGGGAUUCCAUUUCUGAUAGAGCUUACUGCUGCUGUUGGUGUUCCUGGUGCCAAGUGUGCAGUCAAGACUCCAAACAGGGAGUUUGUGCCUCUAUUCUUUGAAGCUAUGGAGUCUCUUAUCAAUUAA